AUGAAUAAUCAAUAUAAUUAUCAAGCCGACGAUCGGAUUCGUCAGCAACAGGCUAAAGUUCAGGAGGUUGUUGGUAUAAUGAAAGACAAUGUGAAUCUUGUAUUGGAAAGGGAAACUCGUUUAGCAGAAAUCGACACUCGGGCUGAUGAAUUACAAGUUCAAUCCAAACAGUUUCAGGCAGUUGCUGGUCGUGUACGAAGAAAAUACUUUUGGCAAAAUAUGAAGAUGUGGUUUAUUAUUGGAGGAUUAGCUGUUAUAAUUCUUGUGGUUAUUAUUGUUUGGUCCGUAUCUAACAAGCAUAGUUGA